AUGGAUGGAGCUGCAAACCGUACCUCUGGAAGGGCAGGAGCCGAAGGUACCCUCAGAGAUAGUUGGGGGAAGUGGAAAGCUGGUUUUAAAGUGAAUCUUAGGCUAACUAAUAAUAUGACAGCAAAACUAUGGGGAAUACCUAAAUGGUUAGAAAUGGCUUGGAACUCUGGAGAACGAAGAGUGAUUUUGGAAACUGAUUCAAAGGCAGCUUUGGAUCUAAUACAAGGAGCAGGUUCGGAAUCACCAUUAUCCAAUCUGAUACCUCUCAUCAGGAAUUACACAAGAAUGCAGAUUCUAACUGAAUUUCAACAGGAAUUGCGGGAAUUGAUUGGAGCAGACAUUUUGGGGGCUGCGACCCCACGUUUUGUCCCUACUUAA